CUUUCUGACGUACUUUUGACAACGUCGAAGCCCACGGUCGCUCGGUCAAAUUAUUUUUGACAAUAUCAAAUAUCUUACUAUUUUCCAUCUCACCGUGCUUUUCCAUCCUUACAACCUUUUAUCAUCCGAUCAUUUCAUCACCUGCCUGGUAUCCACAUACACGGCGUCGCAAUACAAUCAUCGCCAAAAUGGCAGGCUGUGUCGGUGGUUUUUCCAACUUCUUGGCGAGACUCUUCGCACUCGUCGAUGGCAAGUCCAAGUCUUCUGCGCCGUCCGAGAAGGCGCCGCUGCAGAUUUCGGCGCCUUUCAACUUCAAGCAUGAGACGGUAUCCUUACCGGGUGUCUCGGAAGAUGAGAUCGCCAUUCUGAAGGAGCAAGCAGCGGCUGCCCGCCUCGGCGUAGCUGAUCCCUCGGCCAUCGGAAACCCGCGCAAGGCUCCCGCUCCGCCCGCGCUGCGACCCGUCACUCCCGUCUUGAAGGUGACACCUAGCACCCCCAUCUCCCCUGCGGACAACCUUAUCUAGGACUUGAAGACCUAUUGCAAACUCUCGAUCCAUCAAGCAGCAUCGUGGAGCUUCACGGAUGAGUCUAAAGGUCGUUGAUCUGAACUUAGCUGAGCUCAAAAUGUGUUGGCAGUCGAGAAUAUGGCUGGCAGAACAGUGGCCCCAAUUCCUCGAUACGGGACCUCGUCCCUGGCCACUUUUACCUAAUGCUAUCACGUGGUAGACACCUACGUCUACCAACCCAACGAACGAAUGAAUACGAAGAAAUCAACUUAACCUAAGGCUUUUUUUAAAAAAAAUCGUAAGAGGAGGUGUGUACGAUAGUACGAUAACCGGGUGCGGUACAUUAGAUUCAUGAUUCCUGAUUCUUCCAUUUUUCCAUUUUCCUUUUUCCAGCAAAUCCAGCAGCAAAUCCCAUCGAGGCGUUAGGUUUUUAAGGGGACUUAAUGGGGCUAAUGAACGGGUUGGUUAUUAUGCAUGGUCGGUUAGUGGGGGCCUUGCACUGGUAUUAAGGAUACGGCGUUUUUCUGGCUCUCGUCCGUGAUGGGAGAGUCGUCCUUUCGGCAUGCUGUAGUAGUACGAAUAUAUAAAUUGCAGAGAACUGGAUUUUCUGUGGUUAUAUUUCGACGAUGUAUUGGUUUCAUGGCUAGUCCCGUUCGCGACGUGAUCGAUUAGCUAUC